AUAAAAUGCAAAUUCCAAAUAACAAUGGUAAUGCUUAUCCUUAAUAUUAUUAUCCUUAAUAAGGUUAUGUUUAAUAUCCAUAAAUGUAUCCUUAAUAACAAUAUUAAUAAUAUCCUGGAUAACAAAUUCCAUAAUAAUAAUAUGCAUAUUAAGUAAAAUAAUAGAAAGCUGUAAUUGCUCCAAAGAAACCUGCUCCAUUUUCUUUUGAACCAGGAAGCAACAAGGAAUUAGAUGAUGCUUUGAAUAGUAUUGAUACAAUGUACAAUGAUAUGUUUGACACAGUUGAUAAUUAAAAAAUGAAAUAAGAACCAGGUAUAUUUAAAUAAUAAUAAAUAAUAGUAUAGGAGAAGUAAGAAGAAUAUUAUAUAGGUAUUCCAAUAGAUUAGAAAAAUGACGGCUAAUAAAAUUAGUUAAAUUAAGUGCCUAAUGGUUUUGGGAAUAUAUGUUAGGAUCCAGAGAAAUGGAAUUAUUAUAAUGGGAACCGUAAUUCAUUUUAUUGAUUAU